AUGCAUGCUUGCACAAGUGCCGAAAGCUCUUCUGGACAAGCGCAGCCGGCCUUCAACCAUUUCCCGGUUAUUCAGUCGAUGACGCUUGUCAAUUUCAUGUGCCACGAACACUUGAAGGUGGAGUUUGGACCGCACAUUAACUUCAUCGUCGGCCAAAACGGUUCCGGUAAAAGUGCAAUUCUGGCAGCAUUAAUGGUAUCUCUUGGAUCCACGGCAAGCAAGACACAGAGGGGCCACAAAAUCUCCUCUUUGAUAAAGGAAGGCUCGAAUUUCUUUUCCGUAGCGGUAACCCUCUUUAACGGAGGUUCUGAACGCUUUCAAUGGGAAAAAUUUGGAGAUUCCAUUACCGUUGAAAGGAAGGUAACUCUGGAUGGAAGUUCAACCUAUCGAUUGAGAAAUAGCACUGGAUCUUCUGUUGGCGGCGACAAACCCCGCGAAGUUAUUAGGGAAAUUAUCUCGUUUUACCGGCUUCAGAUUGAAAACCCCCUGAUUUUGCUUACGCAGGAUAUUGCCAAGCGAUAUCUUGCUACCUCCUCUGCAACUGAAAGAUAUCGUCUUGUGAUGCAGGGGUCUCAGCUACAGCGGCUCUCUGAAGAUUAUGAACAGGCCGGAAAUCUUGUGUCGCUGAUGCGAAAUCGGCUUUCCAUUGCCUCGGACCGCAUUGUCGAUCAAACAACAAAAGUCGGGAAAAUCCAAUCGCAAUUGGAUGCAAUUAAAGAAGCAAGGGAAAUGCUGGCAAACCUCGAGGCUGCUCGUAGGGAAUUCGUCUGGGCCCAAGUGUUUUCUUUGCAAGAAUCGGCUCUCGAAGCUUGCGUGCAAGUUGACAAUCUCAAAGUCAAGCUGCAAAACAUAAAUCAAGAAAUUCAAUCUCACACGGACUCGCUCGUAGAUAUGGUUUCUAAAGAAGAAGCCUCGAAGGCAUCCACCGAGGAGAUCCGGUCUACUGUGCUCCCGCCCUUGCGCCUAAAGGUAGCCCAAAUAGAGUCUCAAGUUUUGAUGAUUUCCUCUCAGAUUUCCAAUUGCGAAACUGAUGAGCGCGUUCUUUCUCAGGGUCGAAUGCAACUUUUGGAAUCAAUUGACAAGGCGAAUGCACAUGUAGACCGUGAAGCCAAUAAUCCACAUGCUACGAUGGCCCCAGAAACAGGCGAUCAAGUUGCCGAUGCCCUACGGGAGCUUUCGACCUCGCUCGUUGAAAAGGAAUCAAAGCUUCGUGAAAUCGAUUGCCAAAAGGCAAAGGCCGAAGAACAAGUUUCUUCAACAGAAUCUCAACUAGACGAAAUCAAGGCCAACGAGGCUUGCCUUUGCUGCUCUCUGAAGCUAACAAGAGAGCAGUUGGAGGCCCUUGAAGCAAGAAUUCCAGCUGCAAAGCUGGCCAUUACCUCUGCCGAGCUUUCCAUGGCCUCAAAUGCACCCGCCAUUGAAGGUCAACGAUUGACGAGCUAUGCAGAAAUAGGCCUGAUUUAUGGGCCCCAAAUGCUUAAGCUUGUGCAACAUCUGGACGCACUUCCGGAAUCCAAGCCGGUCGGGCCUAUUGGCCGCUUUGUGCAUCUUAAAGAGGCAUCCAUUUGGGCUACAGCCAUGGAUGCGCUUAUUGGGCGGCAUAUGUCUUCCUUUGUGGUUUCUUCAUAUCCAGAAAGGGAAAUUCUAAACAAGCUUCUGUCUCGCUUUGAGGUCCAAAAUUCGCAAGUAAUCCUGCUUCCGGAGACUCCUGAAACGUUUAUGCAGUUUCCCGAAACGUCUGAAAUAUUAACCGCAAGAAAGGCUCUUGAAAUUUCUUCUCCCAUUGUCGAGAAAGCUCUUUGUACGCUUUCAAAUAUCCAUCGAGUUCUUCUUUGCAAAGAGCGAACCGAGGCUGUGAAAAUCCUGUCCUCAACGACGUCCCAUAGGCUCUUUGAUUAUGCCUUUUUAGCAACAGGCCAAAAGAUAAGCUUAUCUGGCGCAGCACAGACGUUCUUUUCUUUCGGGUCCAAAGAUAGGCCAUCAAGAUGGUUCGGCACUUGCGGUCUAUCGGAGUCGCACAGCACUGGAUCGGUUGCCAUUGCGAACGCUAAAGUUGAUUUGGAGGCCAUGCAUAGGUCCAUUUCAGCAAAACGCUCCUUAAUGUCAAGCCUUUCUCAGCAACUAGCGCAGAAAGAACAGAUCGGGAAUGAGCUUUCCACGGAGCUUUCAGGCCUCAACAGCCGUGUCAAAGAGAUUUCGUUCCAGCGGAGCUCUUUGGUUGCCGAAAUCAGACAGAUGGCCCGGGAAAAGGCCAGUCUAGAGGAAGAGCUUUCCAUUCUAAAGAGGGCCAACGAUCCGGCGGCCAUUUCGGCCUCUCAACAAGACGUGCAAAGUGCUAAAGAUGCUGCGUUGAGACGUGUUGCCAUCAUUGAUGCACAGCUGAACGAUCUUUCCUGCAAAAGGUCGCAGCUCCAGGAGCGACACUUAAUGCUUACUCAGCAGUUGUCAGAGUCACAAUGCUCAAUUAAAAGUUCCGAGGCGGCUCUUCGAAUCGAAACAGACAAUAUGUCGUCCUUGGUGGCGGGGAUCAGGGAUGUGAAGGCCAGCCUUGAAGGGAAGCGGAUUCAGCUGGUGCAUUUAGAAGGCCAGCUUCCUGUUUUGCAUAAAAGCUUUCACUCUCUCACUGAGGAGCAUACUGAUGCUUAUGGUAAAGCAAUUGAGCAUUGGCCGCCAGCUCCGCUUGCCUCUGAGGUCAGGCCGCUGGACGAUAUUCAGAGGCAUCUUCGUAGCUUGGAGCAGCAGCUUGAGGCUCAGCGAAAAGCACAUUCUUCGCAUGCAGCCAACCUUCAAGAGGAUUCCGACCGUCUGCUUAUGGAGCUUCGAAUGGCCUCUCUUUCGCUCGGAUGUUGGACUCAAGAUGCGUCUUCUUUUGGCGAGCUGAUUCAAGCUUUAGAUAAAUCGCUGAACGACCGACAUUCGCGCUGGCUUGCAUUCAGAGACAUAAUCUUCAAGCGAGCUGAUCUUCACUUUCGGAUGUUUGUUAGUGCUCGCGGCUUUUAUGGACGCCUUCUUUUCGAUCACGAGGCUGAAAAAUUGGACAUUUGCAUUGUCAGGCCGUCUGACAUGUCUCAGCAAGCCCAUCCACCUGCCACGACAUCUUCCAGCGUGCCAAAAAGAGCAUCGAAUCGGACACAAGUUGCAGCGGAUGUUCAAAAUAAGCCACAGUUAUCUCCCUCUGCCUCAUCGACCGACUUGAAGGGGCUGUCUGGUGGCGAAAAAAGCCUUGUCACUUCGUGCCUUUUAUUGGCUCUAUGGGAGUGUGUUGAGAGCCCAUUGCGAUGUUUGGAUGAAUUCGAUGUAUUUAUGGAUGGCGUCAAUAGAAAGACCAUUUUAAAGAUGCUCAUUGAGUAUGCCACCUCUACCAAUUCUAUUCACUGCUCAAACCAAUAUAUUUUCAUCACGCCCCAGGCCCUGGACCUUCCAAGGCACUCAACAGAUGUCAAGAUCAUUCGUCUGAGGGAUCCACAGAGAAGCGCGUGA